AUGCAAGCAACGGUCUCGGAGGGAAACGGUCAGGGACCCAACAGUAGCAGCAGCAGCACCGGCCACAAUCACUGCUCCUCACCGAAACCACCGCCGCCCGGUUCUUGGGCAUCGUUGAAGGCAAACGUGAUAAGAUGGCGCGGCUCGCGGAAACUGGUGCUCGUCAUCGUCGCCAUCGCACUCCUGCUCGACAAUAUGCUGCUGACCGUCGUUGUGCCAAUCAUUCCGGAGUUUCUUUACGACAUCAGACACCCGGAUGCGCCGCUGGCCAGCUUUCCUAAGACACCGCCAACUACACCGUGCGAGAAGGAAGUGACGACACCGUACAAUGGAAUCGAUAUCACCACGCAAGGUUACGAUAAUGCCAGCUGGUACGCGGAACGGGAGGAACGGCACAAGGAGCUGGUUGAGGAAACGGUCGAGGUUGGGCUUAUGUUUGCGUCGAAAGCAUUCGUCCAGCUGCUGGCUAAUCCGAUCGUUGGACCGCUAACGCACAAAAUAGGUUACAGUAUUCCAAUGUUUGCCGGAUUCGUCAUUAUGUUUAUCUCUACUUUGAUUUUCGCAUUUGGAAGAACGUACUCCGUUCUAUUCCUGGCCCGAGCAUUGCAGGGUAUCGGUUCGUCCUGUUCGUCGGUAUCGGGCAUGGGAAUGCUGGCCGACCGCUACACGGACGACAAGGAGCGUGGCAACGCGAUGGGCAUUGCGCUCGGUGGGCUUGCGCUGGGCGUACUGAUCGGGCCUCCGUUCGGUGGUAUCAUGUAUGAGUUUGUGGGCAAAUCAGCGCCGUUUCUAGUGCUCUCCGCCCUUGCCCUUGGCGAUGGGCUGCUGCAGCUGAUCAUGCUCCAACCGUCGGUCGUCAUCGAGGAGUCGGAUCCACCAUCGCUGAAGGCGUUGGUUACUGAUCCGUACAUUAUCAUUGCGGCCGGUGCCAUUACGUUUGCGAACAUGGGUAUUGCAAUGCUCGAACCAUCGCUACCGAUCUGGAUGAUGGACAACAUGGGUGCGAGUCGAUGGGAGCAGGGCGUCACGUUUCUGCCCGCCUCGAUCAGCUACCUGAUCGGUACCAACCUGUUCGGUCCGCUGGGACAUCGUAUUGGCCGGUGGCUAGCUGCUCUGCUCGGUCUGGUUAUUAUCGGGCUGUGCCUGCUGUGUAUUCCAAUGGCUACCUCCAUCAACCAUCUGAUCUUGCCGAAUGCUGGCCUCGGUUUCGCCAUCGGUAUGGUCGAUUCCUGCAUGAUGCCCGAGCUAGGCUACCUGGUAGACAUUCGACACUCGGCCGUUUAUGGUAGCGUAUACGCUAUCGGUGAUGUUGCAUUCUGUUUAGGAUUCGCCAUCGGUCCGGCACUCAGUGGCACCUUGGUAAACACCAUCGGCUUCGAGUGGAUGCUGGUUGGGAUUUCGAUCCUAUGCUUCGCUUACGCACCGCUGAUGACUUUCCUGAGAGCACCACCGACCAAGGAGGAAAAGAAGGUAAGCAUUAACGGUGGCAUCGACAAUGCUGGACUUUCGCUUGAAAGCGGACCGUGCAGUUCGUCUAACGCACCGACAGCGGACCCUACGACAUGCAAUACCGGCGGAAAAUCUCAACCGAAUGGGAAAAUCAAGAACGGAAAUGGUAGCGCCAAUGGAGUCUCCGACACAACAGUUGUUUGCCGUGACAGUCCGAAAGGGGGUGAAAAUUACGUGACGAAGCUUUAA